AUGACUACUUCAAAUUUAACAAGGCCUAGACCUAUGAGUUUAUAUACUACACCACCAUUAGAUUCAUCGAGUUUAGAAAAUGAAAAUGAAAGUGAAUCAAUAUUUAUUGAUAAGGAAAGUAAUAAUGUAACACCUCCAUCUUCCACCAACUCAUUACAUUUAUCAAAUAAUGAUAAUUUGAGUUUACCAAUAAUGCCAAAGUCAAAAUCUAGUUCGACCACUCCCAAAUUACAAUCUGAAUUCGAUUUUCAAACUCCAAUUAGUACUCCAAAACAACCACAUCUAUCACAAUUUUAUGAAAAAUCUAGUUUGUCCACUCCAAGAGUUGAAAUUUUAAAUUCUCCUAAAACUAAUAAUCAAAAAGGUUUAUUAUCCCCAUCAAAAUUUAUAAAACGCUUAUCUGCCAAGUUAUCAAGAAAAUCUUCAGCUACAGAAAUAUCAAAACCAUCACCAAUGCCAAAAAAGAAUGUUAGCUCUGAAACAACUACACCUAAGAAGAGUAAUGUGAGUAUUUCAAAGCCGAUAGAUGAAGUUUAUGCAAAGCCGACUCCAAAAAAUACAGAUAAUAAGGCAAAUACUACUAAUACUACUUCAAAAAAUACAGAGAAUAAGGCAAACACUACUAAUACUACUCCAAAAAAAGAAGCUUAUUCAUCAGAUUUGAAUAUACCUACAUUAAGAUCACCACCACAAAGAAAUAUGUCAUUAAGAUUAAGGCGAUCGGAGAAGAAUAAGUUAUCAAGUGCCGCAUCCCCUAAUAGGCAUUCGAUUCCAAUCAUUAAUGUCAGUCUACCACAAGGUAAACCAAAUAGUAGCAAACCGUAUUCAAACAUUGAUCCAGAUUUGAAAUCACCAGUUUCAUUAAAAUCUCCAAAAUCAUUAAAUACAGCAUCAUCUAUAAAAUUGACAAGAUCGUCAUCUAUCAAGAGAGUAAGUAGAUUAUUUAACAACUCAAAUCAAUCAAGUCCAAUAUCAGAUAAAUCCAAUGAUUCAGAAAUGAAUCUUUCAUUUCUGGGUUAUCCAACAACUCCAAUAAAUAAUGAAUCAUUUCAAUUUUCACAACUUUCAGAAUCCCCUUCACCAUCACCAUUCUUAUCACCAAUUAACAAUUUUGAUAAGGAACCAAAUCAAAGUCCAAAAAUGAAUUCAACUCCAGUAAGGGGUACAACUAAUUAUAAUGAAUCAAUUUUGAAAUUAAGUAUAUUCUUAGACGAUCAAUCCAACACAACUACCAUACAGGAUUAUGAUAACUUGGAUUUUAUUGCAAUAAAGUUACGGAGAGACAAAUUAAAGAAUAUAAAUGAAUUAAUAAAUGUAAUUGUAUUGAAACUAAUGAACAAAAGAAAUGAUAUAAACAUAAAUAAUAUUAAGUUAUUAAUAUUUUUCAAGGAUGAUUCAUUAAAACCAAUAAUACUUAAAGAUAAAGUCAAGACUCUGACGAAUGAUCAAGAAGUAUCUUUCGAUAAUAAUGAUUUAUUAUUAGAUUAUAUUCAAAUGAAGAGGAAACUAUAUAUAAAGGCUCAAUUCUGA